AUGAAUCUGCCCAAUCAUCCGUCACCUCUCGUUACGGCCGUUGGAGUUGGACGUCCAUCCAUCGUUAAGCUCUUACUGGAUCACCCUGGCGUUGAUAUUGCCACUGAAUUUGCUAGUGAGCCGACGCCAUUGAAAACAGCUGUUGAGUGUGGGCAGGUAACAAUGGUGAAACUACUGUUUGAGGCGAGCCAAACGAGGGACUUUGCAAAUAUCGCUUUGGAACGGCUCAUGGCUCAGGACGUCCGGCACGUUGUAAGGGACGGGCAUGAAGACGUGAUCCGCGUGCUAAUAGAUGCUAUGGACAAUAUCAAUCACGGAGAUGAUUAUCGCCUAAUCGCCCUAUACUACGCGUGCCGGACCGGACGCGUUGAGCUUGUGGAGUUGAUAUUGGCAAGGAAUGAUGUCAAGCCAGGAUCCGAAGAUCCUUCGGGCUGA